UUCCGCCAUGUUGCUGAGAAAGUUGUGAGCCCAAAACUUUUAUCGAUCUGUCAAACAGCAUCGGUAGCUGAUAUUCGCGCAUCUUCUCAGUCUCCACCUUGCGGGCGCGUCGACCACAAGCUUCUGAGUGGUACUCGCUAAAUUUGGGACAUAUCGUCCCCCCUUGUCAAACUCCGUCCAUAUAGAAUCUGUUCACCUUUUGUGAAACUUUACGUGCUUGUAAAUUCGUGAUAGUGUGAUGUCAAGGAAUCGGCCGUCGAGCAGCCAGUCCCGCACGGCGUGGGGCGAUGAGGGCAUGGAGGGGUAUGGGCCAGAUAUUCGGGAUGACCCCGACCUCCCUGAUCAAGUUUACAUGGACCAGGACCGCCGAGGAAACGUGCCCGCCGUUAGGACCAAGAGCACGCCACAGAACACUGGGUGCAUGGGAACCUUCGUCCGUGGUCUUAGAUCACUAUGGGCCACAAGGCACACCGAGGAGACCAAGUCAAACAGGGAGCUGUAUGUGAAGACCACCCUGAGAGAGUUGAUCAUCUACAUCGUGUUCCUUGUCAUCAUCUGUGUCAUUACAUUUGGCAUGACAAGCACCACCAUGUAUUACUACACCAAGGUAAUGAGCGAUCUGUUCCUGGACACCCCUAACUCACUCGCAGGAACCUUCCGAGGAAUCACCAGUGUUGAUGACUUCUGGAGGUUCACCAAGGGCCCCAUGCUCCGUGGCCUCUACUGGGAAACCUGGUACAACAAGGAAGCCGUCCCAGAGCAACAGCUGGGUUAUAUAUACUACGAAAAUAAGCUACUAGGCAUGCCCCGACUCCGACAACUGAAGGUCCACAGCAACUCCUGCAUUGUCCACGACGACUUCACUGAUGUUAUCAAGGAAUGCUUUGACUCCUACUCCACCAGCAUUGAGGACACCCACACCUUUGGGAACUAUGAUCCCAAUAGUGAAAUUGCCAAUUACACUGCGUGGAAGUAUAAAACGGAAUCAGAACUAGAAGGUUCGUCACAUUGGGGGUUGCUGACCACGUACUCCGGAGCAGGGUAUGUUCAGGAUCUCCGGGCCAGCAUGAAUGAGUCGCAGAAAAUAAUAGACAACUUGUUCAAUUCGUUAUGGAUAACGCGGGGGACAAGAGCGGUGUUUAUAGACUUCACGGUCUAUAACGCAAAUAUCAACCUCUUCUGUGUUGUCAGACUUCUGGUUGAGUUCCCUGCCACCGGAGGCGCGAUCCCAUCAUGGACUUUCCGAACUGUGAAACUGAUCCGUUAUGUGACUGUUGGGGACUACUUCAUCAUGGCCUGCGAGUGUAUCUUCUGUCUCUUCAUCCUGUACUACAUCGUGGAGGAAGUGCUGGAGAUCAAGAAACACAAACUGACCUACUUUAAGAGCGUCUGGAACAUCCUUGACAUCCUGGUCAUCAUGAUAUCACUAAUCUGUGUGGCGUUUGACAUAUAUCGGACAGUUGCGGUCGGGGAUAAGUUAACAUCACUGCUGGAGAACGACAAAGUGUACGCGGACUUCGAGAGACUGAGCUACUGGGAGACUCGCUUCAGCAAUGCUAUUGCUAUAGCGGUCUUCUUGGCGUGGAUCAAGAUCUUCAAGUACAUCAGCUUCAACAAAACCAUGACCCAGCUGUCUUCAACCCUGGGGCGCUGUGCUAAGGACUUGGCAGGCUUCGCUGUCAUGUUCUUCAUCAUCUUCUUGGCUUUCACACAACUGGGUUAUCUGCUCUUUGGAACCCAGGUCAAGGACUUCAGCAGUUUCCAGGACUCCUUCUUCACCCUGUUCCGUAUCAUCCUGGGAGACUUCGACUUCCACCAGCUGGAGGCUGCUAACCGAGUGCUGGGACCGAUCUUCUUCAUGCUGUUCGUGUUCUUUGUCUUCUUCGUGCUCAUCAACAUGUUCUUGGCUAUCAUCAAUGACACCUACUCUGAGGUUAAGGGUGACAUGGCCAACCAGAAGAAUGAGUUCGAGAUGACCGACUUCUUCAAGAAGGGAGCACAGAAGAUGAUGGACAAACUGAACUGGAAGAGAGACAAGAUCGUGGACAUCCAGAAAGCGCUGCAGUCAGCCGACAUCAACGACGACAAGCGACUCGACUUCGAUGAAUGGAGACAGGACCUGAAGACGCGUGGUUAUGCUGAUGGUGAAAUCGAGGCUAUGUUUGCCAAAUACGACAUCGACGGUGACCGUGUGCUUGAUGAAGAUGAACAACGCCGCAUGCAUGCUGACCUCACAGAACAAAAGAAUGCUCUCAACAAAGAAUAUGACGAACUGGAGGAGAAGGUCCAUCGCCCAGGCACUGCUCGCCGCUCCAGCAGCCGAAACAGCUUCAACGAAGACAGUGGAGAAGACAGCGAUGACGAGGACAGUGGAACUAAAUCAUCCCGAACUGGCAGAACAUCAAGCGGGGUUUCAUACGAAGAGUUUACAGUCCUAUCUCGGAGGGUGGACAGAAUGGAACACUCUAUUGGGAGCAUUGUAUCAAAAAUAGAUGCUGUGCUGGUUAAACUAGAGGCCAUGGAGAAAGCCAAGUUAAAGAGAAGGGAAACAAUGGGAAAAAUUUUAGAUAGCAUCACAGAGUCUGAUGGAACGAGUGAUGAAAUGAAAAGGGAGCAGAUGGAACGUUUAGUCCGCGAGGAGCUGGAGAGAUGGGACUCCGAGACCUCUAUGGGGGCAGGGAGUGCACGAGGGGCGUCACCCAGCGGAACUAGCGGUAGCAGUGGCAGAGGAGGAAUGAGAGCUCGUUCUCGUCCCGGGUCAGGACAGAAUAAUGAUGCUGAAGACAUCGCCACCUCAUCCGUCUAACUUGGCGGACUGACACGAUAUUUACAUCCUCUCGUCACCAUUCCGACGCACUUGCAGCAGAUGAUACAACUAUUUGUCCCCACCUUUUUGUGUCGUUUGUCUUUAUGUCAGCUGUAACACCUUCUUUUAACCUUUUUUUAUUAUCCGAAUUUAGUUGUGGCAAAUAUAUUUUCAUCAGGGUAACAUUCAAAUAUUUGAGACCAUAAUUUCAGAAUUUAUCCACAACGUAAAGCUGCCAACUGCUGAUGUAUAUCUCGAUUUUAAAUCAAAGAGUAUUGACUUGUUUUAACUGUGAUGUUCUGUUGAAAUCCAUCCAUUUAUAAAAAUCCCAUAGCAGCAAUGUGCCAUAUUUAUUGAUAUGUAGCUCACUAUAUUAAUUUAUCACUUUGUUUUCAAAAUGUAUUUUUUGUGUAUUAUAAUGCUGCAUUUUUUGUAUGGGACCAAUUUAACAAUUCAACAUCAUUUACAACUGGUAUUUUAUAUCAAAACCAAAUCUUCCUCCAUUUGCAACAAGGGAUGAGUUAAUCGGGUGAUUGAAUUAUUCUACAAUGAAAAAAGUGUAUAUGUCUUGAAUCAAUGCUUAUGCUGGAUGCAUAACAUUUGCAUGAAUUUACAUGUAAUUAUACCGAAAUUGUUAUGGCUUUUUGCUUAAUUGAAGUACUUAAUCAUGUGCAAUAGGAUUAAGGUGGUUUCAUUCUGCUGUACAUUUCCUAUGCUAAUCUUGCUGUUGGUGAAACACCUGCUGAAAUUGAUGUUAAUAUUUCAGUUUUACAUUUCCUAGUCAUUUCUCAAAAGUUGAAAUGAACAAUUUGUAAAGAAGAGAGUUUCUGAAAUAGUUCUUGGAAAUCAAAUGGUUUACUCUCACAUUGCUGUUGAUGUUUGUAAAUUGUAUUUAUAUAGAAUAUUGCCGAAAGUAUUGUAUUCCGUCCAAACAUGUAUGAAAGCAUAUUUCUUAAUAAUCAUGAGUGAUAAUGGUUCUGUUCAUAAAAAUGUUAUAGAAGAUGACAAAUGAUAAAUAUUGAAAUUGUUUUGCCAAACAUGACAGAAGUGUGAAUCUCAAAUAAAGUUGAUAAGGGUUAUCGAACACAGUUGUCAGGCAACGUCUCAUAUGGCCUUUGUUUUCAUUCAAAAUAUCAGAUUAUUUUUUUAUGAGACUGUUAAACAAAAAUGUAAGUUAAAAAAAGAAUAUAUGUAAAUAUAUUUUGUUCAUGCUAUGAAGAGGGUUGAGGCCAGACCCAGAUAGAUCUGUAUUGAUAUAAUAUGGUGAUAGUGUUUGAACCCUUAUUACAAAAUGUCCCACCAUUUAGAUUUUAUUUAUGUAUAUUUUGUUACCUCUAGAAUGAUAUUUCAUGAUUAUGUUAUUUGCAGGUGUUUACAAUUUUCUAUUAAAAUCUACUGCUGUUUUGGGUGACAACAAACUUCGAUCAUGUUUUGGUCGUUGUGCUGUAGUGAGAAAUGUUUACAAUCGCUCCGUCCAAGUAAGCUAGUAGUUCAGUCUUUACAUAACUCGAUUGUAGGGAGAAAUAUGGUCCAAGAACCACAAGCUUUGUUGGAAAUGCCUGUCAUCGGUAUGUUGAAAAGGCUUGAUGAGAUAUGAAAAGACUGAAUGCCUCUCUGUUAAUUCUGCUGAAACUCAGUAUUGUAUUGUGAUACAAGAUGUAUUUAUUUGUUGAGAAUAAAGAGUGUCAUCAUUA